AUGUGGCUGCACACAUCCACACCAAGGCAGACCUAGAAGUUCGUCCUGGCGAGAAGCAAGGGUACGAUGACCAACUACUUGGAUAUAGGGGCGCUCGUAUUAGACAAUGGGUCCGGUAUGUGCAAGGCCGGGUUUGCAGGGGAUGACGCCCCAAGAGCAGUGUUUGCUUCUGUUAUCGGGAGACCCAGACAUAAGGGAGUUAUGGUGGGGAUGGGACAACGAGACUGCUACGUGGGUGACGAGGCUCAGUCCAAACGUGGCAUCCUCACUCUGCGGUACCCCAUAGAACACGGCAUCGUCACCAACUGGGACGACAUGGAGAAAAUCUGGCACCACACCUUCUACAACGAGCUCCGGGUAGCACCGGAACAGCACCCAGUCCUAGUUACGGAGGCGCCCCUGAAUCCUAAAAGCAAUCGAGAAAAGAUGGCACAGAUAAUGUUCGAAGGCUUUAACACCCCUGCCUUCUUUGUAUCUGUUCAGGCCGUUUUGUCCCUGUAUGCUUCUGGAAGAACCACGGGCAUAGUUCUAGAUUCCGGGGACGGGGUGACCCACACAGUACCAAUAUACGAGGGUUACUCAAUGCCUCACGCCAUAUUGAGGAUCGAUCUAGCGGGAAGAGACCUCACAGACUAUCUUGUAAAGCUCUUGGCAGAGCGAGGGUACUCCUUCACAACAACUGCCGAGCGAGAAAUCGUUCGCGAUGUAAAGGAAAAAUUAUGUUUUGUUACCAAUGACUUUGAUAGAGACUUUAAAGCGUGUUCCUCCAACGCUGAUAUGGAGAGAUCCUAUGAGCUUCCGGACGGCCAGGUAAUACGUAUUGACAACGAGAGGUUCAGAUGCCCAGAACCGCUGUUCCAGCCAGCCUUGGUGGGCAUGGAGACACCAGGUGUUCACGAGUAUAUCUAUAACUCAAUUCAGAAAUGUGACGUUGAUAUCAGGAAAGAUCUCUAUUGCAACAUAGUAAUUUCGGGGGGAUCCACCAUGUUCCCGGGGAUCACUUCCCGGAUCACGCGAGAGGUCGCCGACCUGGCCCCACCAGUCAUCAGGGUCAAGGUCAUUGCUCAGCCAGAACGGAAGUACGCCGUGUGGAUUGGAGGCUCAAUCCUUGCAUCCCUAUCAACCUUCCAACAAAUGUGGAUCAGCAAGCAGGAUUACAUCGACUGUGGACCAAAUAUCAUUCAUAGGAAAUGUUUUUAAGAAUCUGUGUUCACACAGUGCAUAUGACAGUGCUUAUGGUAUAAUCAUUUAUAAACGUCGGCUAAUUAUGUCGCCUAUGCACGUGCAUACAUAAUUUAAAGAUUGUAUGGCAUUCCGCUGUCUUCAGUGUUGUUGAGGUAACCAAGUACAGAGCCAUGUCUGACUUCUCCCACUGGUAUAUGAAGUCCAUAGUAUAAAGAACCAACGCGCUUGAUAACAGGCUUAAAUGUUGAUAAUCAGGAAAACGUGACUCAAUCUACGUAACGCGUAAGCCUGUCCUGGCCCAAUUUGCAGUUUAUAUGUAAGACAAACGUUUGCUAAUCUAAGCAUGUUGUUCGACAAUGAGCUUAUAGAUUGUAUGGAUAUAAUGACAGUAUCGAUAUUAAAUGAAACCGAUGAAGGCAUGGUUAAAGAGCGAUCAUAUCGGUGUCUUGGUAAGGCUGUGGUGGAGAUUCAUGUCGCUCCCUCCUAAACCUCGCUGAUAUAUAAAGUAAGCUGAAAGUAAAUGUUGAUUAAGUUUCUUAUUCCCAGGUUAACGUAUACUCUUUUCGGCCACCUUGUCCAGGUAUGUGUUAAAUGAUACAAGUAACCCCUGGAUUAAGCAGUUUGUCAUUUUAUCUGAUAAGAGAGACAUAAUAAGCUGGACAGUGAUUAUGUACACACGUUUUUCUCUACUGAAAUUAAGUGCAAUAAAAAUAUGUCAAUUCC